GCGGCCGGCCAGUGGGGGAGCUGCGGCCAUUUUGCUGCGAGGCCUACACCUGAGGCCUGGGCCUGAGUUAGUGCCGGAGCGGAGCCGAGCGCUGCGGCCGGGCUCGGGAGGCCGGCUCGAUGUGCUGCCGCGGCGGCGGCGAGCGGGACCUGCAGGGCUCGGCAAGGCGGAUGGGCGCCUCGCUGCUGCAGCAACUGUCGGCCCACGAGCGGGAGCUCGACCUCGUCUUCCUCGACCACAGUUACGCCAAACCCUGGAGCGCGCACCCCGAGGCCGGCGGCUCCCGGCCCGCACGCAGGCUCUUCCUCACCCCGCGGCGGCACCCUGACAGCACCAGCGACUGUGAGGUGUCUGUGGAUGUGGAGACGGUAGUUCCAACACCGACCCCUCUUUACGACAACCAGAAGGCAUGGAGCGUGAUGAAUGAAUGUGAGCGGCAUGUCAUCUUCGCCAGGUCAGACACGGACGCCCCGCUCCCACCUGACGACUGGGAGGAGCACAUCAGCAGAUCAGGGUGGAGUGUGGCGCAGAACAAGCUGUUCAACAAAAUCGUGAAGGUGCUGUACUCGGACCGCUUGGCCAGGCUGGCCAACGAAGGGGCCAGCAACGAGCCGGUGCUACGGAGAAUCGCAGUGGACAAGUGCGCUCGCCGCAUCCGCCAGGCCCUGGCCAGCCUGAACUGGGACACCAAGCUGACGCAGUGGCUGCACACCACCCUGGUGGAUACGCUCAGCCUCUCCAUGCUGGCCGCGUACCUCGAUGUCCUCCAGACCCUCAAGUGCAAGCUGCCAACGCUGAUCGAUAAAAUGAUCAUCUCGUCCACGGCCAAGUCUGGGGCAGCCGGUGCCGAGGCCCUGCCCUUGUUGCUGAAGCGACCGUGGGAUCCUGCUGUCGGAGUCUUGUCCCACAACAAGCCCACUAAGGUCCCAGGUGCCCCAUUGCUUCUCAUCGCUCCUGGCGGCCCCACGAAUAACAUGGCCUCUGCCUCACGCAGGACCCGAUUCUGGUUGUCCCAGCUGUCCUGUUUGGGAAAGGUAAUCCCGGUCACCAUGCACAUUGUCAACGGCGGCUCUGGAGUGAGCGUGUCCCAGUGCCUGGAGCACAUGAUUGGGGCCGUCCGCACAAAGGUCCUGGAGCUGCAGACUCACUUUCCGAGCCGACCGAUUGUACUGAUGGGGUGGAACGUGGCUGCUCUCGUGGCUUGUCAUGUCUCGGUGAUGGAGUUUGUGUCUGCCGUAGUUUGCCUCGGAUUCCCUCUUCUCACGGUAGAAGGACCAAGAGGAGAUGUAGAUGACCCUCUGCUGGACAUGAAGACGCCCGUGCUGUUUGUGAUUGGCCAGAACUCUGUGCAGUGCAAUGCCGACUCCAUUGAGGAUUUCCGGGAGAAGCUGCGGGCUGAAAACAGCCUGGUGAUAGUUGGUGGUGCUGACGAUAAUCUCAGGAUCAGCAAAGCAAAGAAGAAGAUGGAGGGUCUAACGCAGAGCAUGGUGGACAGGUGCAUCCAGGAUGAAAUAGGCGACUUCCUGACCGGUGUGCUGACCAAGAGCGAGUCGCAGGCGGGUUUUGAGGCCAAGGAGGUUGACCUGGACAAGAAGAGGAGAUGUCGGGACACGCGGCGGGACUUGGCCUUCGAGCUGUCGGAGAGGAACAGCCGGCCCGCGUCCCCGUUCAGCCGCGUCCCGGUCUCUCCCUCUGGCUCAGAGGGAACGUCGAGCGUGUCGAGCAGCCCCACCUCCAGCCCGAAGACAAAGAGCGCGUCCCUGUCCCUGUCCCCGGCCCAGAAGGCCAGCCUGAUCACUGCCACGGCCACCGCUGCCAGCCAGUCGCCCAGCCUCUCCGCCCAGUUCUCACACAUCCUCAAACAGCACAUGCAGAAGACCGGCACUGUCCUCACCCAGAAACAAGCUCAAGCUCAGUUUGCUGCAUUCCUGAAGCAGAACGUGCUGGUGAAGAAGAAUUCCAGUCCGGCCAACUCAUCCUGCGUCUUCGUACCUGUGACAUCGGAGCCGCAGGAUGUCGGGGACAAGGACGACGCUAAGGCGCAGCUGAAGCGACGGCAGGCCACGAGCCCCACGCCCCUCGUCUCCAAACCCGCCAAGAAGGCCAAGAUCAAGGUGACCAUCCUGUCCCACGGAGACGUGCCGGCCUCCACCGCCCUGCCCUAUGCUGGAGCCAAGGACGGCGGUGCCCCAAAGCCCUUGACCCUCUCCGUCAGCCAGCCAGCCUCCGUCACCAAGGAGUUGCUCGCCAGUCAGAGCAGCUGCCCCGGUGCCACGGUGACCACUGCCGCCCUGCCCACCAACACCAGCGCCUUCCACACCAUCCAGGCCAGAGUGACCGCUGCCCCCGGCUCCACACAGCCAGCCCAGGCUCACCUGGGCCCCGCCACGCCAGGGGCUCCGUCUGCCAGCAGCCUGCUCCAGGGCCUGAGCUUCAGUCUGCAGGACAUGGGAACCAAGGCCAGCACCACCGGCCAGGCGGGCAAUGUGAAGGGUGCGGGUCUUGUCCCGGUCACUUCCACUCCCAUCGUGAGGACCAUCGCCUCCCCUGCUGCGGCGAUGCCGGUCGCCAAACCCAGCGCCAUCCAGCAGCUGAUCAGCAACGGGGGCCUGGCUAAGCUCACCGGCACCGCCGGCACCAGCACCACAACAGGCGUCAAGCCUCCCACCACUAUCACGGUGACGCUGAGGGCCCAGGCUGUCCGCGGACCCACCCUGAACCAGCCCGGCACUGCCGCCGGCACCCUGGUGCUGGAGGGGACGGAGACGGAGGUGAGAGGGCCCCAGCCCCAGCAGUGCUCGGACCCUCUGCUCCAAAUCCCAAGAGGCCAAGGUGUCGGCGCCAUUGACCAGACCAAAGUGAUCGCGGCACGGGACGCAAUCAAAGCUCAGCCCCCCCUGGAGACGAACCCCAACCCCCAGAGUCUCUCCUCAACUGUCGUUACAACAAGUCCAACCAAGACUCUCUAUGUGAUGUCUGAUGCCAAGAUGUCUGCCCUCACCAAAUCGAUUAUCAGUCCUCUCGAAGUGUCCUCUCCGCGCACUCUGGGGACUCCCACUUUGAGCACAGUGGGUGCAGUGAUGAGUCCUUCCACCGUCAGCAUGCUGUCCAAGGUCGGUCCUGUCCUCAGGAGCUCCUCCGGCCCCACCAACCUCGUCACGGCCGCUACAGGAGGGGAGAGGUUCAGCCUGGCCACUGGGGCUGCAAGUACAGAGACACUGGGCAAAGUGCCCUCAGUAAUGGACCAAGGGAGCACCAUCAUCCACACUACUGCAACACCCUGCCUGGUGGGAUCCUUGGCAACCAGCGGGCAGCAGUGACUAUCACCACCUCCCCCACACUGUCUGUAGGACAGGGACAAGUGUCGUUGCUUACUGCUUAUUUUUGUAAUAUUUUACUGGCUGUGUAUAAUUGCCGGAUUUGUUGACUGCAGCACUCACUUCAUCUUCCCCAGUGGUGGUACUAAAGCUGACCCCCAGUGUGGUACAAGGCUCCAUCCACUACUGUCUCUGAGGGUAACAAGAAAUAAAGAGCUGUGGAAACAA